CCUUUAGUCAAUCACGUCACCUAAUAGAAUAAGAAGUUCAAUUACCCUUUUUCAGUGUUUAUCAUCAUAAACGCAGCCACACCGUUAUUAUAAUUAUAAUUUAUAACCACAUCACCCAUUCAUCUCCCAACAAACAUACCAGCCCUACUCCAUUCUCAGCAACAGAGACAGUCCAAUCUUAUUCAAUUUCAAAGGAUUGAAAAAUCCUACCCUUAAAACCAACAUUAUCAAUUCAUCAUGUGUUGUGGAGACGGUGAUUGCAGGCCAUUGGGCUUCCUAUUGGGCCUUCCUUUCGCCUUCUUAUGCCUCCUUAUCUCAAUUGUCGGCAUCAUCAUCUGGAUCGUCGGAUUGACGUUGAGUUGCAUAUGCCCGUGCUGUUUGUGUGUGACCGUGUUAGUGGAAUUGGCACUCGAAUUGAUCAAAGCACCUAUUCAUGUGAUGGAGUGGUUCACUUCUAAGAUCCCUUGUUAAUUUAUUUUUAAUUGUAUUUCUUGUAAAUUUCAAUAAUUAUAUUUGUGAGGUUUUGUGUAUUAGUUUUAAGAUCCCUUGUUAAAUUCUUGAUCUAUAGAUGAUUCUUUACUUUUAUACUUGGUAUUUGUUAAUUGUUUGGGAAUAUAAUCGGAAUAACUAGUGUUGUGUUUUUAUGAUAGUCAAUUUUCCGA